UCCAAAAAGUGCUUUGUUUAACGAGAUGCUGGAAAGCAAUUCAUGAAAUGAACUUUGUUAAAUUAUGAAUAACAAAAAUUUACUUAAGGCAAGAGAUAUACAUUGGAAAACACACAUAAAAGUUAUUUUCUCCCCAUUUUCUCUUUACAUAUGUUUUCUUCUAAAGAUAAGUGUUUAUAACAGUGGUCUCAGAUUGAAAUCCAAGCUCUAUCACCUCCUCCUGGCUUAGUGACCAUGAACAAUAUGCCCUAACUUCUCUCUACGAGUUAGAAUUGACUCGACGGCAAUGGGUUUGGUUUUGGUUUUAAGAGCAAUGAACCUUUCCAAGCAAAGAUUAACACAAAAUAAAUCCUUUCUUAUGGGAAGAUGCCAAGAAGAUCUCUUAAUGUAGUUGAAGGAUAAAUCAAGAAGAUGGCUAAGAAUACAAAAUUGUAAAUGCCUGUUUUUUUAAUUAAAAAAUAAAACAAAUAAAAAACUAAAUAUAUUUUAUUUCAGGACAUCAAGAUCUUAAAGACUUCUACUUCUGAAGACCAUAAUGUCAAUCUUCCAUAACUCCACCUCCCCAAUUUUCCUCCUUAUGGGGGUCCCUGGGCUGGAAUGGGCCCAUGCCUGGGUCUCCAUCCCCAUCUGCUGCCUCUAUUUAACUGCUGUAUCUGGUAACACCUUGAUAUUGUUUGUAGUCCUUAGUGAGCCAAGCCUCCAUGAGCCCAUGUACUAUUUCCUCUGCAUGUUGUCCACCUCUGAUUUGGGUUUAUGCAUCUCUACCCUGGUGACAGUGCUGGGAAUAUUCUGGCUCAAUGCCCGGGAAAUCAGCUUAGAUGCUUGCUUAUCCCAGAUGUUCUUCAACCACUUGUUUACUGUCAUAGAAUCUUCCGUACUGUUGGCCAUGGCCUUUGACAGGUUUGUGGCCAUUUCUAAUCCUCUUAGAUAUGUAUCCAUCUUGACUGACCUUAAAAUAGCACAAAUUGGUGCAGCAAUCAUCACUAGGGGAACACUAAUAAUAAUCCCAAUGGUGCUCCUUCUUAAACCUCUGUCCUUCUGCCACAGCCAUGUGCUCCACCAUUCCUACUGCUUUCACCCUGAUGUAAUGAAGCUCUCCUGUACAGAUACCAGGGUCAACAGUGCAUUUGGAUUAACUGUGGUCAUCUCUACUGUUGGAAUUGACUCCAUCUUUAUCCUACUAUCUUACAUCUUAAUCAUUCACUCAGUUCUCAACAUUGCAUCCCCAGAGGAGAGGAAAAAGGCCUUCAACACAUGUAUCUCUCAUCUCUGUGCUGUGGCCAUAUUCUACAUCCCUUUAAUCAGCCUGUCUUUUGUUCACAGGUUUGGAAAACAUGCUCCACCCUACGUGCCCACACUCAUUGCUAAUAUAUACUUACUUCUCCCCCCUGUGUUGAACCCCAUCAUCUAUAGUGUGAAAACAAAACAGAUACAGAAAGCUAUGCUUAAACUUGUGUUUUCUAAGGGAAUUCAGAUUUAACAUUUACUGUUCUUAGAAAUAGUGGAGCUGUGGUGGUGUAGUGGUUAAGAGCUCCACUACUAACCAAAAGGUCAGCAGUUCAAAUCCACCAGCUGCUCCCUGAAAACCCUAUGGGGCAGUUCUACUCUGUCCUAUAGGGUUGCUAGUAGUCGGAACCAACUCUACGACACCUAACAACAUUCUUACAAACUUUUUCUUUCUAAAGUCAUUGAAAAUAUGUCUGAAACUAGAGUUACAAACCCAUGUCUUCCCGGAGCUGGUACACCUAUAUGUUCAAACUUCUACUUAGUACACUUAUCUUUCUAUGACAUUCUUCCCUUUUCCAUUACCAAAUUUCUAAUUCAAAUCAUCACUCUUCUUAAAUUUCCUAUUAAAUA